CUGGGCCAUCGCGAUCUUGCAGAAGAAAACAUAUUUUGUUUUUGUGGGAGAUUCCGGUCGUUGUUGCUGUUGGGCAUACCCAUCGCUUGCACCGUCUCCCUAAAACACGCAGAAGUGUGUUGUGAACUUUCCUACUUUAGACGCACCAAAAAUCUGUAAAAUGUUAGUGCACAGUUUUUCCGCGAUGGAUCGUCAUGACGGCACCAGCAAUGGGACAGCCAGGCUACCUCAGCUGGGCGGCGUGGGCCAGAGCCCGUACACGAGCGCGCCUCCGCUCUCCCACACACCCAACUCGGACUUCCAGCCUCCGUACUUCCCUCCACCCUACCAGCCUAUCUACCCGCAGUCUCAGGACCCUUACUCACAUGUCAACGACCCCUACUCACUCAACUCGCUACACGCACAACCACAGCCGCAGCACCCGGGCUGGCCGGGUCAGAGGCAGAGUCAGGAAAGCGGCCUGCUGCACCAGCACCGAAGCUUGCCCCAUCAACUGUGCCGGGAGUAUCGCAGGGAGGUGCUGCUGCCGUCCGGACACGGCAUCGACACGGGACUCUCGGACUCUAUCCCUAUCCAUGGAAUACCUCACUCAUUAGAAGACGUUCAGGCCGUUGAGGAUCAAGGAAUCCACAUUCCCGACCAGACUGUAAUUAAAAAAGGUCCAGUGUCUUUAUCCAAGAACAACAACGUGUCCAUCCCAGUCAAUAAGGAUGGUCUUUUCGGUGGGGUAGUAAACCCCAAUGAGGUCUUUUGCUCGGUUCCGGGUCGUUUGUCUCUGCUCAGCUCCACAUCAAAGUACAAGGUCACGGUGGCCGAAGUGCAGAGACGCCUCUCACCGCCUGAGUGCCUGAACGCCUCGCUGCUGGGCGGGGUGCUGAGGAGGGCCAAGUCUAAAAACGGUGGGAGAUCCUUGAGGGAGAAGCUGGAUAAAAUCGGCUUGAAUUUACCUGCGGGCAGACGCAAGGCAGCUAACGUCACCUUGCUGACGUCACUCGUAGAAGGCGAAGCCGUGCAUCUUGCCAGAGACUUUGGUUAUGUCUGUGAGACUGAGUUUCCAGCCAAGGCAGUAGCUGAAUAUGUAAACCGUCAGCAUUCCGAUCCAAAUGAACAAGUCCAAAGAAAAAACAUGCUAUUGGCCACAAAGCAAGUGUGCAAAGAGUUCACAGACCUGUUGUCGCAGGACCGCUCGCCAUUGGGUAACUCACGGCCGCAGCCGAUCCUCGAACCGGGAAUCCAGAGCUGCUUGACCCACUUCAGUCUCAUCUCACACGGUUUCGGCACGCCGGCCUUGUGUGCGGCAGUCACGGCGCUGCAGAACUAUCUUACCGAGGCAAUCAAAGCCAUGGACAAAAUGUACCUCAACAACAACCCCAACAGUCACUCAGAUAACGGCACUAAAGGCGGAGACAAAGACGAGAAGCACAGAAAGUGACGCUACCAUCUGCUUCCAGGGCCCACAUUUCCACCUGCUCAAUUUUCCCGUUCCCACCCACGUCCAUUCAAUAUAAAUAUUAUAAAUACCAUAUAAAUACUAUUGAUAAAGUUGACCGUGCCACUUCCAGACCUGUUUUGCGUCUUUCCUUUUUACGCACCACUUCUUUGGAAUCAUAAGAGGCCAUCCUCGUCUUCUUAUUAAAAAAUAAAAAGAACGCUGCAAAGGAACAGCUCCAGGAAGGAAAACAUUUUGUUGUUGCCUCACACAGAGAGAACUUUUUUAUGUACUCUCCCCUCUUUAUUUUUAUGAGCUACAAAGACUGAAAUCCUGCAAGCCCAUUUACUUCUCAAUUUGCUGAUUGUGACACGAACUCUCAACGCAAGAAAAAAGCUGAACACGGAUGAAUUCUUAUCAGUAUUGUGAAUAAAUAUGAACUCUCCAACAGAUCUCCAUCAGUUGUACUCCUCCAAGUGACCAACUUGAACUUUUUUUUUGAAUUUCAACACGAUUCGCGGUUAUAUAAGGGAAUCAGUGUUCAUGUAUGUAUAUAUUUAUUUAUGUGUAAUUUAAUGGGAAUUGUAAAUAUGGUGCGUCUGUUCUUUUUUAUUUAUCUGGUGCCUCCUUGUUUUAGUGGGUUUUGACUAUUUGGUUAGUUCUUCAUGUGAUUUUAUGGUUCUUAGAAAAACUGAAGUUUUUGGGGUAUUUUUUUAUUUCUCUGGGAUAUAUUUCAAUUCAGCCCUCUUGUAGCAUGUUGAGGCGACAUUGAAGCAAAGUGAACAAAUUGACCAGAAAUAAAACUUCAAUUUCA